AAUAAAACAGGAAAAUAAAGAGAGAAAUGGAGAAACCCCAGAACCCAAAACCCCAUUCUUUUUAACCACAGUGAAUUAACGGGUUGAAUCCGAGAGGAAAAAACUGCCUCUUUGGUAACCCCUGCUUGCAUGGACAACUGUGUUUAGACUUUAGAGUUGUAAACGAAACAGUCAACAAAUGGGUUUGAUUUCUUUCAUCUGUGGGUUUUGUAAAUACUACUCUACUGUUUCUCUGUGAUGUGGGUUUCGGUGAAAAGUCUCUGAAUUUUCAGAGAAAGUGAGAGUAUUUUGUGUUUUUGGUUUCUGUGUUUAAGAGAGUGUUGAAAUGCCUAACAGUGAGACUGAGCUUGAAGAACGGCUUAAAGAGGCUGGAAAUAGUCUCUUAAACCCUCCAUCAUCUGUUGAUGACCUUCUUGACUCCCUCGAUAAACUGGAGCGUUUGCUCACAAAUGUGGAGCAAGCACCAUCAAGAUCAAUGCAAGAUGCUCUUUUACCACCAAUGAAGGCAUUAAUCUCUAGUGCCAUUUUGAGGCACUUGGACGAAGAUGUAAGGGUUGCGGUUGCAUCUUGCAUGAGUGAGAUUACAAGAAUAACAGCACCAGAUGCUCCUUACAAUGAUGACCUAAUGAAGGAAAUUUUUCAAUUGACUGUAGCAUCUUUUGAAAAAUUAUCCCAUGAGUCUGGCCAUUGUUAUACAAAGGCAGUUUCAAUUCUUGAGAAUGUAGCGAGGGUGAGGUCAUGCUUGAUGAUGCUGGACCUGGAGUUGGAUGAACUAAUUUUAGAUAUGUUCCAAUACUUUCUGAAAUUCAUCAGGUCCAAUCAUCCACAAAUUGCAAUCUUGGCCAUGGAAACAAUUAUGACCCUGGUCAUUGAUGAAAGUGAAGAAAUCUCAGUGGAGCUUCUCACUCUCCUUUUAGUGAGUGUAAAAAAGCAAAACCAGAGUUUUUCUCCUAUAGCAUGGAAGCUUGGGGAAAGAGUUAUCACUAAUUGUGCUGCUAAAAUUAAGCCCUAUCUCAAGGAAGCUGUGCAGUCUACAGGCAUACCUUUGGAUGAAUAUGCUCCAAUAGUUGCUUCUAUAUUCCAAGAUGAGUCUCACACACUCGAAUGUGAUUAUAACAAUCAUUCUGGGGAACCUUUGGGAUCAUCACCAAAUGCUGCUUGUCGUAAAGAAGUUUUUGAAGGUAAGGAUGUGAUUCCAAAGUCAAUAGCAAGGAAUGGAACUGCUUCAAUUAGAAAUGCCGGGACUGUUAAAAAGGAUAAUGCUUCAAAAAUGCUAGAGCCUUGCUCUCAUACUGAGCAUUCUAAAAGCACCAAUGCACAGGACAAAGCAGAACCUGAAGUCAUGUUAGAAAUGGAGCCAAAGGCUGUUCCAAGUAAAAGGGGCUGGAAACCUAAUUCUUUGAUGAAUCCAGAAGAAGGCUAUGAUCCUUGGUUUUCAACAGGAAGAAAAACUACCAAACUUCUCCGUGAAAAGCUUCAAGAUAAGGGCAACGAUGAUUUACCCUCAGAAACUCCAGAUUCCAAGAAGGUAGCUCUGUCAUUAAUGCAUGUGAAAGUGACAAAACCUACAAGAUUUACCCCCAAAACUGUUCAAAUCUCAAGGUCUUCUUCCCUAACCCCACAACAAGACAUAACUGCUGGAAGUCAUUUUAAAAGAGGCCGGCCAAAGAAAAAGGGAAACAGUAUGAGUGAAGAUGCUGAUCCAAGUCCUUCAUUGUUGUCAAAGCGUGAAAGCAUGAGUGCUCAGGUCGAAGAGAAAGCUCCAGAAUUCGAUGAUGCCAGUUUGAGAAAGCAGUCUAAAGAAAGAAGUGACUCAGAAGCAAAGAAACAAAAACGCUUAAGAAAAAAUGAACUUCCCUCAAAGACUCCUAAGAAGAUAUCUCUGUCUUCUGGACGUGUAGUAUCUUCAAAGAAAUCAGUGGUCCUCAGUGAACCAGAGGAAAAGCCUGUCCACCAGCCAGUUGUGAUUGCAGUAAGGAGAUUUAAUAAGCACCGCACUGCAGUCCCAACAGGCACAAAAAAGAAGUCUUUGGAUGUUAAUUCAGACGAGGAUGUUGGGGAAGCAUUUAGAGAUAAGAAGAUAAAAUCAUUAGACAUGGAUGGAAGUUACCUGGAAGAAACCCCACAACCAAAGCUCAAGAGGAAGCGUACUCCAAGGAAGGAAGUGUUUUCUGGAACUCCUGAUCUUGGUGAGCAAUUGGUUGGUAACAAAAUAAAGGUUUGGUGGCCAAUGGAUAAGAGGUUCUAUGAAGGAGUUGUUGAUUCCUACGACCCCAUCAAAAAGAAGCACAAGGUCCUGUAUGCUGAUGGGGAUGAAGAGAAGCUUAAUCUCAAAAAGCAGCGAUGGGAAUUCAUUGAAGAUGGUAUCUUUCCAGUUCAAGGGCAUGAGAUUGAUGUUCCAAAACCUGGUACUUCAUCUGAUAUACUGCAAAAAGUGAACAGUGAAACCAAGUCAGAGUCAAAAAAAAAAUCGAAGGCUGUUUCAUCCUCAAAAAGGAGCAGAGCUGCCAGCAUUUCCAAAACCACCGCUAGAAGAUUUGCUGGCAAAUCUGCAUAUGGUGCUGUCCAUGACGAACCAAUUCGUGUUGACAAACCUGCAGAUCAUGACACAUCUGGGCCAGGUAGUGGUUCAGAAGAUGGUAAAAACACACCUGGGCCAGGCGGCAGUUCAAAAGAUGAUGGUGAAAAUUCUACUGUCAAGUUGAAGAUUCACGAUCCACAACGGAUUGAUAACAACUCCAAGCAAGCAAUGCCAGAGACUGUAAAUACAUCUGACAAUGGAAGUCCCAAAGCUGGUACCGUGUUCUGUAGCUUCAACUCUGAGCAGACCAUGCCAGUUGGUGCAACCCUAUCCAAGGAUGAAAGUUCCAGAGGGGGUGAUGAAUCUCAUGGCUCAGAUGGACCUAAGAGGGAACAGCAGGGGGAAGCGAGCUCUUCCCUUUCACCUGAAACUGACUAGAAACUGGUGAAUCUUGCGUACUGGCACAGCAGGCGGAGAGGCAUAGGAAAACUGUGAGUUUGGUUUAGUAUAGAACAAGUGCCAGUUUUAGUCACUCUGUUUUAGGCGACUUAAAGGUUAUCUUUUGUUUUGUGACCCUAGUAUAGUGUAUCCAAGCAAUCCUUCGGCUUGGACCUGAACAAUGGUUUGUGAUUAGGCCUCUUCGGUAAUGGAUCUUUCCCUCACAUCCCAUCAAGUCUUUAGACCUCAAUUUGAUUGCAUUCUUCAA